UGAGACGGUGAAGCGCGGUCUCUGAGUGAACGAAAUCUUUUAUAGCACCGAAAUAGUUAAUGAUAGUUAGCGACAGUUGCUUUGACAAACCCUUUGUGGAGUAACAAGUGUUCACUUAAUCGGAAGUUUACUUUUAAUUAGAGAAAGUUAGUUUUCAUAGUAUUAUUUUAUCCUAUUUUGGAUGAAGUUUAUUUUUGUUUCUAAUUAAGUUUUUUGUUAACUUAAAAACGCUCACUUUUAAGAGCGCAAAGAUGAUUUAGAGAACUGCACAGAAGACCAUCGGGAUGUCAGAGGUAUCGGAGCCAAGUCAUCACCUGAAAACUCCAGGCAGCCCCUCAGGUGGGAGUAGCGGAGCCCCUGUUUUGGAGCAUCCCCCGAGCUGCAAGCAGAAGAGCGCAAGCCCCGAUAACGACGAUAGGGGCCGCCAGAGAGACAAGCAGCAGCAGCAGCAGCAGCAGCGCCAGGACAGGGAUAUCAACACAGACAAGUUAUGGCAAUCUAAAGGCGCACAACAGAAGGGGGUGUGCCCUGACUUAGCUCCCGGAAACGAGCUCUCAAAGUGCCAUCCUCACAAGAAACCUGACGGGAAUCACCACCACACCUCCGAGCAUGGCAAUGGAGAGGGGGACCACCAGAUGGACUCGGACCCGGGACUGGAUUCUCGCCCGGGGUGGAAGAAGAGGCACAGGCGCCGCACCUCCAGAAAGAAGCGUCACUGGAAGCCGUAUUUUAAACUUUCUUGGGAGGAGAAAAAAGCCCUGGACGAGCGGGAGACUGCCAGGGCGUCCCGGGUCAGAGAGGAGAUGUUCGCCAAGGGACUCCCGGUAGCGCCCUACAAUACCACCCAGUUCUUAAUGGACGAACACGACCGCGAGGAGCCCGAUCUGAACACAGAGAGCGGCGGGAUACGGAGACAGUCGGGGGUCGGUGUGGGGCUGGAGGACACUGGCAGCGAGGAGGACUUUUUGGAAAAUACCAAUAAUAACGAGGAGGAGGAUGAGGAGGAUGGCAGCGACGGCAUCGGGAGGCCUGGCAACUCGGGCGGAGAGUUUCUUCAAAGGGACUUUUCAGAAACCUACGAGAUGUAUCAUGUUGAAAGUCUCCAAAACAUGACCAAGCAGGAGCUGGUGAAGGAGUACCUCGAGCUGGAGAAGUGCAUGUCCCGCUUGGAGGAGGAGAACAACCGGCUGAGGAGAGCCAUGGAUCCCCCAGAGAGCAGCCUGUCCCGCCUCCGGGAGCUGGAGCGGGAGCUGGAGAGACUCAAGGCCCAGAACAGCGAGCUCCUCCUGCAGAACCAGCCCGCAGCCAACUGAGAGCACGUGAGACACACACCAACAACAACCAUCGGACUACUGCUGUUUUAAAGGGGCUGUAUGUAAUGUUUUUUACUUUGAAAUUAUCUUAAACUGGACUGUUGUCUGAAUGUGUUGAACUGAUGAGUUAUAUCAACUGAUUAUUUAAAUUUGCAGAUGCGCAUAAAUUUUUACCACUAGAUGGAGUUGUGAGUCACAGUGUCAUAAUAUCUUGCAGCAUUGAAAAUUGAGUUAAAUUUUGUUUUAUGGCUGUUUUCUAACUGCUGCAUUUUAUAAAUCAGGGUUAAAUUUGAUGUUUAGUUUUGACUGGGCUAUUGUCAGUGACAGCCAUUUUAUAACUCCAGUGUUAUGUUCAAAUGUGCCACAGACCAAGUUUGUCUGAGACAUUUAUCAAGAGGAAUUUUAAAGUAAAAAUGACAUAAAGCUCUUUUAAAAUCACAUUUUUCUGUGUAAUCCGAUUGUUAUGAGGACUCUGAGGUUAUGCAUUGCAAUGCAAUAUCAAAUGUUUCUUUUCUAUUUGGACUGCAGAGGUGUCCCGUUAAAAUCCAGAAGCUAUGUACAUAUUUGAAAAAUUUAAUUCUUUUUUAUAAAGACGAGUAUCUGAAAAAACAAGGCUAUUUUGUUUCUGGUAAAUAUUGACAAAGACUUGAUCUAUUUGAGCCACAUAUGUGACAUUUCCUCCUCCAAAAUAAAAGCAUUGCAAAGAUGUUUUACAAAAUGAACUCCACAUUUGACAUUUUAACAGUUGUGUGAUCAACAUUCAAAUAAAAUAAAUUCUGUUGUACUGUG